AUGAUGAAGCUCCUCAGAAUCAGAAAGGCGCACUUCAGCACGGACGUUAAUGUAUCCAACUUGCUGAGGAAAAAGGCAAUUCUGUUCGAAAAUGUGAAAAGGGAAAAUUGCAAAAAAGAAUUAAUUCUGGAUUAUUUCAACAUAAAAGGAGUGAAACUGAAAAAAAAUGACAUUCACAUUAUGACUAACAUUUUGUGUAGACCGACUGGUAGGAUAAUGAUUUUGACUGAUAAUAUGAAGAAGCAGAAUUUUAACUUCGAUUUUGGGUCCCUCUCUGGGGGGACUGAACAUUUACCAUUGGAUGAAAAAACAGUGAGCCAGGAAUCUGGUCAAGAUUCGGGUGACCCUCCGAAUAGUAACAACUCCAACACCGCUAACGAAGUGGAGGAUACCCCCAGGUGUGAUAUCCAAGGGGGGGACAAAUCGAGUGUCCAGCUUAGGGAACACAACCAUGUGAACGCUGACAGAGAGAAUGACAAAACGCAGGAAGAAGUAGAAGCGGAAGAAUAUUAUCCUUGCUCCAAUGUGUGGAAUAAAAAUUUAAAAAAUUUAUUCAAGGAAUGCAAAAUUCACCUAUGUGAUGAUUUCGAAAUAGAAAAAUUUGUGGAAGAGUGCGAACGGUUUUUACGAUUUACAGAAGAUAUCAAAAGAGUAGCAAAGUUUGAAAAUUUGGACAAAAUAAUUACCAUUAUAAAUAUUCCCAAUUGUUAUGGAAGAAAGGAAUUGGCACAAAUUAUUUACGACUGUGCUAAGAUUAAGGUAAAAUUAAAAAACAUCAUUUUCAGAUUUAAAAAAAAUGGCAUACAAUCGGACUGUGCCUAUGUCCUGUGCGAUAGUGUGAGUGAUGGAAAUAUUUUAAUUAACAAAAUGCAGGAAUAUCCUGUUGCUAAAAAAUAUUAUUUACGAGAAUUUUUUGGAACUUGUUUUUUGUAUGCUUCCAAAAGUAACCUUUUCCUGAGCUCUGAAAAACUUGAUUACGUGACCAUUUUUUCAAAGUAUAAAAUAUUCACCUGCGGAUGGCAUAAGGACAUUUCCAUAAAGGAGUUUGAAAGUUUUCUUAUCACUCUUAAAAUAUUUCCCAAGAAAAUUAUAAAAAUUGACUAUCGCAGGGGGGCAGCCCAGCAGGACCACUCCGCAGGCAACUCCGCACAACAAUCGGAAGAGCAGACAGACUGUAAUUACCAACUCAGCCCCGUGGAUCCCCAUCACAUUUUAAUAAGCAUCGACGAGGUGGACUCCGCCGCGGAUGGUGCGGACCCCACUAACGACCCACAAGACACCAAUACAUCCUCGUUUAUUUUAUUUUUCGAGAAUAUGCGAAUGACAAAAAAGGUUUUCACGAAACUGGAGAGACUGAAAAAGAAAUGGAAAAUAUCGGCAUCCAAAAACUUCUACGCAUACCCAAAGACG